GAUUCCUUCGCACGUUGCUUAUCCCAACAAAUCUGGCCGUGCGAUCAACAAAUCCGACGGAGAAUAUUUCGUCCUAGGCUACGGGACAUGUCCGUUAGAUAGGAAUACAAAAUCCGCGAAAUAUUCCGAUCCCUUGGCAUCCUCACAAAUCCCGCCGUGUAUAUAUAACUCCCUUCUCUGUCAGAUCUUCAUCGAACACCAAAGCGCAUUCUUCUAGUCUCUUCUUAAAUCCUAAAUCUCUAGUUCAUUAAAGAAGCUUUGAGUUCUAGUGUCUGGUCUUCAAUGGCGGCCGGAAUUGUCGUGGUUUUCGACUUUGACAAGACGAUCAUCGACGUCGACAGCGAUAACUGGGUCGUCGACGAGCUGGGCUUCACCGGAUUGUUCGACCAGCUUCUUAACACCAUGCCCUGGAAUUCUCUCAUGGAUAGGAUGAUGAAGGAGAUUCAUGCGAACGGGAAGACAAUCGGAGACAUCGAACGAGUUCUUCAGCACGUCCCGAUUCAUCCCCGGAUUGUUCCGGCUAUAAAAGCAGCUCACAGUUUAGGGUGUGAUUUGAGGGUAGUGAGCGAUGCAAACGUUUUCUUCAUCGAAACAAUCUUGAAACAUCUGGGAAUCCGAGAAUGUUUCUCGGAAAUCAACACUAAUCCUGGCUAUGUCGACGAGGAAGGCCGCCUCAGAAUCCUCCCUUUCCAUGACUUCCAUUCUUCUCCCCAUGGCUGCUCUCGCUGCCCUCCCAACAUGUGCAAGAGUAUGAUUGUUGAAAGGAUUCAAGCAUCUAUGGCUAAGGAAGGGAAGAAGAGGAUGAUCUACCUGGGAGAUGGGAUUGGGGAUUUCUGCCCAAGUUUGAAGCUUAAAGCAGGAGACUUUAUGAUGCCCAGGAAAGACUUCCCAGUCUGGGAGUUGAUCAAAGAAAACGGAUCCCUUCUAGAAGCAGAGAUCCAUGAAUGGAGCAAUGGUGAAGACUUUGAGAGGAUCCUUCUUCAUCUCAUUAACAUGAUUUGCAUUGAAGACAGCCAAUUUCUGGCAGCUGAAUCCAAAUUCCAGGCAAUUUCCAUUGAAGCUCUGCCCAAACCUAUCCCAGUGCCUUUCUAGUUCUGUUCUUCAAGAACAGCAUCUAAUUAUCAUCGUUUUAAUGUUGUAUUCAGCAACCUAAGUAACAUCAGUAGUUCCAGUUUCUGGAUGAAAUUUCAAGACCCAAAAGGGCAAUGUUCUGCCACUAGUUUAUAGAAUGAAAAUUUGGUCCCCCAUAAGUUUCCUGGGCUCAACAAGCCUCAAGUUCAAAACUUUA